GAUGAUCAACAAUCCAUUUUUCAGGUCAUGGAGCUUGUGCUGAAGGAAAAUUUGGUUUUAGAGGAGCGACGAAUUAGCUUAUCAGAAUUUCACACUGCCGAUGAGGUGUGGACAACAGGAACUAUGGGAGAGCUUAGCCCGGUUGUCAAGAUUGAUGGACGUAUAAUUGGUGACGGUCGAGUGGGACCUGUAACACAGAGAUUGCAAAAUGCUUACAAAAAGCUGGCAGAAGAAUCAGGAGUGUCUAUACCAACCUAUCAAAAGAGCUAAAUAGAUAGUUUCCAGAUGUCUAAUAAAGAACUGGAGAAGGGAUGUUCUUCCAUCUUUACGAAAAUUUCAUGUAAUAAUGUGGUCGCCUUGUUUUCAUCUCCCUUACAGGAACUGGAGAAGGGGCGUCUUCUCGUGAUUUAUCAAUUGUUCAAGUUCGUUGUAUUAGCUUAUCUAUACUUCUUGAAUUUGUCUCAAAUUGCCUGAGGAGUUUGAAGGGUUCAUGAGUUGUCAUUAGGAAAGCGAUCCAUUGAAUGCCAUAUUAGUGGCAACAAAUUGUUAUUUUCCUAUCAUAAACGUACGAAAGGUAAUAAGAACUGUGGCGUAAUUUAGAUAUAAAAGUCAUGGAAUACUUGUACCCAAAAGAGUUCAAGAACAACACAAACCAAGAUAAUAGAGGGGAGAGGGAAUAAGUCAAUGUACCUGUAUAACCAUGUAGGAUACAACUUUUUCUUCUUUUCGA